ACCGGCCCACCAUUUAUCCUUCCAUGCUACUAUAUAUAGAGCAGCCAUGACACUAUUGUUUCCACAAACCAUUAUUUCACUCACAUCUAAUUAGCUUCCCAGGCCACCACUGUACUGUACUGUACUGUUCAUCUCUAUCUUAGCUUGUUUGAAAUGGCGUCCAGUUCAGCGUGGACGGCCAAGCAAAACAAGCGUUUCGAGAAUGCGUUGGCUGUCUACGACAAGGACACGCCGGACCGGUGGCGCAACCUGGCCAGGGCGGUCGGCGGGAAGACGGAGGAGGAAGUCAAGCGCCACUACGAGAUGCUCGUGGAAGAUAUCAACCACAUUGAGUCCGGGAAAGUCCCCUUGCCGAAUUACGACGCGCAUGCCGCCGGCGCCGGCGCCGCCAACGGCUCCUCGUCGUCGUCGUCGUCGUCGUCGUAUGCACUGAUGCAGCAGGAGAAGAAGCUGCAAUAUAUGAAGCUUCAGUAGAGAGCGUUAAUGGCGGCCGGAGGAAAGCACAAGCAGUUCCAGGACGACGGAGGAUCAAGUCGAUAUAUAGGCAUUAUUAUUAUUAUUAUGUAAACAAAAUAAAAAUGACACCAGAAGAUUGUGCUAGCUUCUGGUUUUUGCUUCCUAAAAAUUCUCGAAGGAGAUUAUAUUAUUAAUUAAUUAAUUAAUUAAUUAAUUAGCAAUGUACCAUGAACUCUGAAGUUAUUAACGUUGCUGGAAAGUGACCGGAAAACAUAUUCAUGUAUCGUACUUAAUUAUGUUGUCGUAAUUAAUUCUAGUACUAGUUUGUCUACAUGUCACGUCUCUUCCCAGAUGAUAGA